AUGGGGCAUUGUUCACGUCUCCCUCUUUUUCUUCUAUCUCUUAUUCUCCUCUCUCUGGUUCAGACGCCGGCCGAUGCAGCCAAACAGUCUUACAUUGUGUACUUGGGAACACAUUCCCAUGGCCUGAACCCUACGUCUGUCGAACUCGAAGCAGCAACGAAUUCUCAGUACAAUCUGCUUGGAACUGUUUUGGGAAGCAAUGAGAGGGCCCAAGAAGCAUUGUUUUACUCCUAUACUAGAGCGAUCAAUGGAUUUGCUGCAGUUUUAGAAGUAGAAGAGGCUUCACAGAUUGAAAAGGAUCCAAAUGUUGUGUCUGUUUUUCCAAACAGAAAAUUAAAACUGCAUACAACUCGUUCAUGGGAGUUCAUGGGACUAGAAGACCAAAAUGGAGUACCUCGUCACGGAUCGAUUUGGAAGAAAGCAAAGUUUGGUGAAAAUACAAUCAUUGGAAACCUUGACACUGGUGUCUGGCCAGAAUCACCGAGCUUUAGCGAUGAAGGGUUUGGACCAAUCCCAUCCAAGUGGCGUGGAUCUUGUCAGCUUGACACCAAAGACAAAGUUCGUUGCAACAGGAAGCUGAUCGGAGCAAGGUACUUUAACAAAGGCUACUUGGAGUCUGCCAGGCUCAAUAAUGCCACCAUUCCACCAGAAGUUCUGGCGUCGCCGCGUGACCAGGAAGGCCAUGGCUCACACACCCUUUCAACAGCUGGUGGCAUUUAUGUGCCGGGAGCUAAUGUUUUUGGUCAUGGCAAUGGCACUGCUAAAGGUGGAUCCCCAAAAGCUCGUGUGGCUGCUUACAAAGUAUGUUGGCCAAGCUUUGGCAGUACAGAAGGAGGGUGUACGAAUGCAGACAUCAUGGCCGCCUUUGAUGCUGCAAUCAGUGACGGUGUUGAUGUUCUUUCGCUGUCCAUUGGUGGUGAUUCUGUAGAGUUUUUUGAGGAUGGGAUCGCAAUAGGGUCAUUCCAUGCGGCUAAGCAUGGAAUCGUUGUUGUUUGCUCAGCUGGCAAUUCAGGGCCUGCCCAAGGGACAGUGACUAAUGUGGCACCCUGGAUAUUAACAGUUGGAGCUAGCACCAUUGAUCGCGAGUUCACUAGUUAUUUAUCCUUUGGAAAGGGGAAGCAUCUAAAGGGAAAAAGUCUUUCUUCCAGAAGUUUGCCAUCUAGGAAGUUUUAUCCUGUGAUAAGUGGAGCCAAUGCUAAUGCAGCUACUGCGCUUCCUGAAGAUUCCUUGCUAUGUUUGAAUGGAACCCUUGAUCCAAAGAAGGUUAAGGGGAAAAUCUUGGUCUGCGUACGCGGGCAGAAUGGGAGAACUGAAAAAGCCCAUAUAGCUGGUCUUGCCGGCGCUGUUGGAAUGGUUUUGGUUAACGAUGAGGAAAGUGGAGAUGAUCUUAUGGCUGAUCCUUAUCUGCUCCCCGCUACACAUCUGACUUACACUGAUGGAAAACGUGUCUUUGAGUACCUGAAUUCUACCAAGAACCCUUUUGGUCACAUUACUCCUGUUAAGACGGUAGAAGGAACAAAGCCAGCUCCAUUUAUGGCUUCAUUCUCAUCUCGUGGACCGAGUACCAUUGAGCCAUCAAUCCUUAAGCCUGAUAUCAUAGCACCAGGAGUGGAUAUAAUUGCUGCUUAUACUGGAGCACCUCUCUCAACUGAUUCGGACCUUGAUAAGCGUCGCCCACUUUACGUUACAGAAUCUGGAACAUCUAUGUCAUGCCCUCAUGUAUCUGGAAUCGUCGGUCUUCUGAAAACACUUCACCCGUCAUGGAGCCCCGCUGCGAUUAAGUCUGCAAUCUUGACCACAGCGAAAAGACGCGACAACAAACGGGAGUCAAUUCUUGAUUCAACGAAGGUCUCAGCUACACCACUUGACUAUGGUGCAGGCCAUGUUAAUCCAAAUCGCGCAGCAAACCCGGGGCUUGUCUAUGACUUGACUACCGAUGAUUACUUGAAUUUCUUAUGUGCUCGUGGAUACAAUGCAUCACUUCUCAAAAUAUUUUCCGACAAGCCACACAAAUGUUCCAACACCUCUAGCAUUAUUGCUGAUUUAAACUAUCCUACAAUUGCUGUUCCUGAUCUCCAAGACAAACCAAUUACCAUUUCUAGGAAAGUGAAGAAUGUGGGUACUCCAGGCACAUAUGUAGCAUAUGUUCGUGCACCAGCUGGAGUUUCUGUUUCGGUUCAGCCUAGCAGGUUGAAAUUCAAGUCCAUUGGUGAAGAGAAGGAGUUCAAGGUUACGCUUAAGGCAGAUGGUAAGGUUCAAAAUAAAGACUAUGUGUUUGGGGAGUUGAAAUGGUCGGAUGGCAAGCACACUGUGAGGAGUCCUAUUGCUGUGAUGCGUCACUAGAAACGACAAACUUCGUCGAUUAAUUAUUUACUAUUAUUAUUUCUGGCUAGAUAGCCAUUAAAAUUUGCAGAUAGAGAUUAGUCAGUUAUUUUGUAUAUGUCUGUUUUUGUCCUAUUCAACAUAAAUAAAAACUAAAUAAAAAUUUGAUGAUA